AUGAUAUUCUUUGUGUACAUUUUCGUGUGUAUAUCAUAUUCAAAGCCGUCGUUAAAAUCAAGGUAUUUCAAUUAUGAUAGAUACGCAGAUGAGUUCAGGCUUGAUGAUGAUGUAAACUCACUUUUUUCAUAUAAAACAGAAGUUAAUGACAAUUUAGAGAUAGAUAGAGAGUUGACUGAUGAAUUUAUUGAUGAAGAGAUGAACGAAGAACACAAUGAAGAAUACGACCUCCAAUUUUUCUUCAGACUAUUAUAUCAAAUUGUGGCAGACAAAGAUUCAGACAUCGACCAAGUAGGUGUCAAAAGAGUUGAAAGUGGUGUUUUAAAAUUAGAAAAAGCGAUUCUGACAAUGGAACAUUUAGACCGAACACAUUUGAUCAAAUGUGACGAAUUUAUACCCAAAAGUGUUGGUGCGACUGGAAAUGGAGAAGAGGCAGACCUUAACCUUCAAAAAGCAAAUGAAUCCAAAAAGGUAUUAAAGUUGGUGAACGACCUUUUACCACAAUUGAAAGCCAAACAGAAAGAAAUUUUAAUGGUGCUUCCUAUGAGAGAAAGAGUAAGAUUGGCAAGACGUUUUGAUUUUAGGCAUCGCUAUGAUCUUAUGUUUCAGUACGAACUUUUUCUUUAA